GUCGUAGACUCCAAGGGCCGUCGGCACAUCGCAUCUUCUGGGGAGGGUGUGGGAGGUGUGUUCAAAUCACGAAGCCGGACUCUGCCGGCGGGCGAUGCCUUCCGUGUGCAGGGUCAGGUCAUCUCACCAACCAAAGAGGCGAAUGCACAGGGCACCUACCGCGUUCGGAUCCAGGAUGCGGGGAAUGAGAUCGAGAUCGAGGCGAGGACGGACUGGAUGGGCCUGUCAGCAGACAAG